CAGCUAUCGAUAUUGAGCCAUCCUCUGCACGUUGAGAGCUUAGAAGCCUUCCAUCUAGUGUCCAAUUAUGCCUGGCGCCAUGACAACUGCUUUCCAAGCACCAGCUGCACCUGCGUCCUUGAGGAGCAGGACCGUUACACUGCGCCUGUUCCGUGGUCAGCCCGUGGCACCUGCAGCAUUGCGCCUUCAGAGCAGGUGUGCGGCAAGGCGUGGGCUGGUGGUGUCCAAUGCCAUCGGAGAUGUGGCCAAGUACCUGGCAGAAGCUGCUACCAGCAUAUUCAAAACCAGCGAGAGUAACGUCCCCUGGAGUGGCACACCCUUCACUGGCAGCAUUACUCACCACGAGGAGGUGGCACGCUUGAGGAAGGUGUACGAGCUUGUUCAGGACGCGCGUCAGCAGAUUGUCGGCUGCACGGACCCCAGUGCGUCCAACUACGACCCAAAUGCAACAGCCGAGGACGGCUCGUGCACGUUUGUUGUGGCCAGCGCUGGCAAGGAGGAGGAGCUGUCUGGAGACCUGCACACCUAUGUCACCACUGCACUUUCCAGCCUCUGGGGCAGCAACUUUGAGAGGAGCGGUGCGUCUGACCAGUCCAAGUCGGCGACAAGCAAGCUGGGCCUCACCGGCUACUCUGGCGACAAGGUCAUCUCGCAGAGGGACAUCCAGCGCCUGCUGAACUAUGAGAAGGUGGUCAAGAAGGCUCUGGACAAGGCCGAGCAGGAGGCCAAGAGCUCUGAUCAGAGUCUAUGCUCGCUCGCCACGCUCGAGCAUGGGCCACCAAGUGCCAGGGCGGUCAUGGAGACAUCAGCACCACCUUUGACCUCCCCACUCAGCUCAGAGGAUCCUCAGCUGAAGAAGCAAGUGGUGGCAGCCGCGCUGCACCUCAAGGAGCACGGCUGGGCCGUCGUUGACGACGUGCUGACAAGGCAUACACCUGUCCCUCCUGCUCUGUCUGCAGAGUCCCUAGCCUUUACAACUGCACAGGAAGAGUGUGAGGAAUAUGUAGAGGGAGUGUGGAACUGGCUUGAGGGCCUGGGCUCGGGGAUCAGCAGGAAAGAUCCAUCCACCUGGAAAGAUCCCCACUGGGUGCGCAACUACAAGGGCAUCAUAAACUCUCUGGAGGUCGCUCACCAGGACUUUGUGUGGCGAGUGCGAAGCCACCCUCGCAUGCUGCAGGUUUUCGAGUUGCUGUGGGGCACGAACGAGCUGCUGUCAUCCUUUGACUCUAUCAAUAUCACGGCCCCCUCGGCCAACACUGGCGUCCCCCACGACACAAAGUCCUGGAUCCAUGUGGAUCAGGCUCCGCUGCGGCGCGGCUUCUUCUGCGUGCAAGGCAUCGCCAACAUGGUCGACGUGGGGCCCGACACCACCGGCACACUGCUGGUGAAGGACAAGACCCACAGCGAGCAUGCGCACUUCUUCGAGACAGCCAGCAGCCUCACAAAGGAGCAGCAGGCGGCAACUUCAGACUUCUACAUCUUCAAACCCGAGGAGGUUCCCCACUGGGAGAGCUUCAGAACGCUGCCGUUGGCCGCCAAGGCGGGGUCUGUCUUUCUGUGGGACUCGCGCACCGUCCACGCGAACACAAUCCCGGAGCACUCGCCUGAGUGGAGGCAUGUGGUGUACGCAUGCUAUCAGCCGCGCUCGCUCGCCACCGAGGCUGACCUGGCAGCCAAGCGAGCGGCCUGGGAUGACUACGCGGUGACUACGCACUGGCCGGCCGCUAAUGUCUCAGUCACCUCCGGCCUCGACAAUAUUGGCGAAGGUAACGGCGCUGCAGCCGGCAAACCAAAGUACAACCUGCGGCGCACGAGGGAUGCUGUGGACAGCAGGAAGCUGCGCCAGCUGGCUGGAGUGGAUCCUUACCAGGCAGCAGAGAUCCAGCAGCAGCCCGCCCUGCUGGAGAUGUCUGAGGAGCAGCUGCGAGCCAUGUUGUGA